UAUUAUUGCAUUAUUUUGGAGAAAGAAAAAGUGCUUUAUGUUACAUCGUUUCAUCUUUCUUUGUUACGAGAUGUCUUCAUGGCAUUUCAUUUAAUCUGUCAUUCUUGCAUCGGUGUUAUAAUAUAUUGGUCAAUUUUGUGUUGUCAUUGCUUUGAGAAUAUAAAGGCUUUCAAGAAAUUCAAUUUGUAAGAUACAAUAUAUUGUCCGAUUGCAUAAUUAAUAUCCGAAAUUUGUUAAGAUAAUAAUUGUAUUGUAUUGUACAUCUGUAUUAUUUUUGAAAACUCAUAUGAUCACAUCUGAUCUGAGUAAUUAAUACGAGAUCAGGAUUUUAUGAUAUGUUUUGAAAAGCUAAACUUAUUGUAUAUAAUUUCAAUUAUGAAAAAAAUAUUUGGACAUCAUUUUACCAAGUCCAUUUAAUAAAAGGAAACGCUACAAACACUACAAAAUGCUCAGUUGAUUGAAUUUAGAAUAUUUUCAAUAAUGCACUCGUGCUAUGCGUUACUUAAUUGCUACCUAUGGUGGUUUUUGUAUUUUUAACAAUGCUGUAGUUAUUAAAUACGCUGUUUAAAAUAUUACUUACUAUACAGCUGGACUCUAUAAUUUGGAAGGAUGGACAAUUCAUUAUAUAUGGGGUUCCCGUCACUAGCUAAACACCAUGAUUAUUAUAAUGAUGAUAUUUAUCGCAAUUUGGAAGAGCUUGCCAACCAUAAUGAAGAGGAAACUAUGGUUACACUUGAAUUUCCUAUUAGUCCACGUCGGAGUAAAGAAGAAGAUAUAUAUGAAGAUCUUUGUUAUGUUACUCUUAGGAUUCAGGAGAAUGUUUCGGCUACACAUCCUGUGCAUCCUGUCGAAAAAAGAGACUACUGUAUAAAAGAACUUAUUGAAACAGAAAAGAACUAUAUUGAAGCAUUAAAUAUGAUUAUAAAGCAUUUCAUGAGACCACUGAAAUCCAUCUUGGCAGCAGAUAUAAGAAAAGUUAUUUUUAUGAAUAUUAAGGAACUAGCAGAAAUACACACUGGUUUUCAUAGUGAAUUGUACAAAGCUUGCACAUCAAGUCAAUAUAAAAUAAGUGAAUGUUUUCUACAUUGGAAAGAUAAGUUCAUUGUUUAUGGUGAAUAUUGUUCCAAGUUACCUGCUGCGCAAGAGAAGGUUGAAGAGCUUUCAAAUAAGAGUGAAGUUAUCAAUCAAGCAAUUCUUCGUUGCCAACAAGAGGCUAAUGGUGGAAAGUUUAAGCUUAGAGAUCUUCUCUCGGUUCCUAUGCAGAGGAUUCUCAAAUAUCAUUUGUUACUAAAAGAAUUAAUCAGAAAUACCCCCAAAACCCAUGAGGAUUACUUUGGUCUUCAGAAAGCUUUGGAUGCUAUGCUGGAUCUAGCACAGUAUAUCAAUGAAGUUAAGCGAGACAAUGAAACUCUUCAGAUUAUUCGGGAUAUUCAAGCCAGCAUUACUGAUUUGAGGAUGCCUGAAGAUCUGGAAUUGAAAGACUAUGGAAGACUGUUGAAAGAUGGAGAACUGAAAAUAAGGUCACAUGAUGACAAUAGAUUAAAGAAUAGAUAUGUUUUCAUCUUUGACAAAGUAAUGCUGAUGUGUAAAUCUACAAGGAUUAUGGAUAAACUUUUAGGGGGAGAGCAAUACAGUUUCAAAGAAGCUUUGGUUCUCCUUGAUUAUAAAGUAGAAGAUGUUCCAAAUACAGCUAGAGUUGGAAGUAGAGAUAAAUGGAGCUACUUCUGGCUGUUAGCUCACAGGCAAAACAAAACAGCAUUAACAAUGUAUGCCAAGACUGAAGAUAUGAAAUUAAAAUGGAUUGAAGCCAUAGAAAAAGCAUUAGAUAAUGUCUGUCCAGCUGCUUUAAGGAACACAGAUCAUAUAUUCCAGAUGCAUACAUUUGAAAAACCUACAACAUGUGCAGAAUGUGAUAAAUUAUUAAGGGGAAUUUUUUAUCAAGGCUAUUUGUGUUCAGUAUGUGCAAUAGCAGUGCAUAAAGAUUGUAUUGAAGAUGUAAGAUCAUGUGGAGCUCCUCGACUUCCUCCACGUCCGCCAUCAGUGACUGUGGUACCUCAAAUUCUACGUAGAAAUUUAUCUUCUGCUAAUAAAAAGCCAUAUUUAUUCAAGGUUCGUGCAAGAUUUGCUUAUCAAGGACCUCCUGAUCAUCUUUCCUUUGAUAGUGACGAUGAAAUAUAUGUGACUAACAAGCUAAAUAAUAUGUGUUGGGAGGGAUAUGUUGCACGUACAGGAAAAAGUGGAUUUUUCCCUCCAGACCAUGUAGAGAAGCGGCCUCCUUCAUAUGAAAAUCCAUUUCCUUCUCCAAAUAUUAAUGCAUCUGAGAAUGCAGCUCCUGCACCAGAUUAUAUAAAUACCAUGUUAGAAGGCCAUGACUGGUUUGCGGGUGUUAUGGAACGGGAUGUUGCAACUAAAAAACUUGAAGAAUUACCUAGUGGUACCUUUUUAUUAAGGAUUAGCCCAAAACAAAAUGGAUCCUAUGCUAUCAGUAUUAAUUAUCAGAAUCAGGUGAAGCAUAUGCGUGUAUGCACUACAGAUAAUGGACAGCAUUUCUACCUCUCUGAAACAAAAUAUUUCAAAUCUAUUGUUGAAUUAGUUAAUUGGUAUAGAGAGAACAGUUUAUCAGAAAGUUUCAAUGGUUUGCAUGUCACUCUCAUGAUUCCUUAUAAAAAAGCCCUUGCUGGAUUGACUAAUGAAAGUAUUUUGGGAUAUGCUGAAGCUUUAUACGAUUUCCAAGGCACUUCACCAAAUAUGUUAACUCUUCGAAAAGGAGAUCGUAUUACCAUUCUCAGCAAAGCUGGAAACCAAAAGGGUUGGUGGAAGGGCCAGAUAGGAGAGAAUGUUGGCUACUUUCCCUAUUCUUAUGUGAAAGAAAUCCUUGAAUAAGAGAGAGACUAUCUGUGAUAAAAUUCAUAAGCUGAAAAAUUGCCUUUUUACUUUCUGGCAAAAUUCUGAUAUUGCUUUUAUCUUUUUACACAAUUCCAAUACUAGUCUUUGAAACUUUAUCAAGCAUAAUACCUGCCAGUAAGUAGGAUAUCAUCUCUACAGACAUCUGCAUUUUUACUUGGAAGAGAAGUGUUUCUCUGAACAGGUGUCUAUUAUACUGUUCUAGAAAAAACUUUUAACAUGAUCUCCAUUUUUAAAGAAGUCCAAUUUUUUCUUGUAUUAUAAGCAUCAGCUAUUUUUUUUUCAUUUUGUAUAUAUGUAUUUGAAAUUGCCAAAAUAUACAUUUGUUGUAAUAGAGUGCUAGAAAUAAUAAAAAAAAAAAACUAAAAAUUAGUACUGUUCUUGGGUAGGAUAAAAUAAAUCUUUCUUUUGUUUUUAUACUUUUUCAUGUUUUCCAAUGUUUGAUAAAAGAUGGAUUCAAAUUUUUUUUUUGUAAAAUAUUAAUGAUAUUUAUUUAUUGAAGAGAAUAUUUUAAAUCUUUUUCAAUCACUAGCUGUUAUACUACAGUUAAAAAUUUAAAGUAUUUUGAUUGAAAAUUCACAGAGAUAUAAGAAUAUAUGCAAUUAAAUUUUUCUAAUACUGAAAGGAAUUUAUCUACUAAUGACUGUUAUAUGAAGCAUUUUAAAUGCUCUAUUGUAGUUAGAAUUUAGAAUACGUCAGAACGGAAGACAUAUAUUCAAGUUUUGUUUGUUAAUAUAUUAACAAUUUUCUAUUUUUUUAUGCCUGUUUAUUAAUAGUUUUCUUUUUAAUGAAAUAAAAUUUGAACAUCAUUGUAAAGGAAUUUUUCUUUAUAAUAUGUUACUGAUCUUUUAGCAUAACUUAUUCAGAUUACUUUUUCUACUAAAUUAUUUAUUGGAAUAUGAAUUUUCUAUUGUAUAAUUUAUUAUUCUGUGGUGAGUAACCAAGAAUUACAGUUUUGAUAAAAUAUGUUUUUUUUUAAAAAUAUUCUUUAAUAUUAUUAUGGUGACCAAAUGUUGUAGAUUAUUUUAUUAGGUGUAAUUGAGCCUCUUAUUCUGAAGGCAGAUCUUUUGGUUUUUAUAAUUAUUUGACCUGUUCAUGUCUUGAUAUAUGUGAAGUUAGCUAUAAUAUCUUGUCAAUAUGUACUUGAUAAACAUUCAGUGCAGACUGAUGUUCUUGUUUGGAUUUUUAGUAUGUCAAACAAUAUUUCCUCCCAUGUAGUUCAUGCCAUAUUUUAUUUUACUUGUUAAAGUAUUGUGGUGCUGUUUAUACGUAUUUGAAAGCUGAAAUCCUUCAUAACUUCUAAACAAAGUGUUUUUAUUCAGAUUUGGGAAACUUUUUAAGUUAUUUUUAGUUUUCCAUUUACAUUUUGCGUCUUUUAAGAUAAAUUCUUUAAGGUAAACAGUUUUUUUAAAAAAAAAAAAAAUCAAUUCUUAAAAAUAUGUUUUGGAAUGGUAUUUAUUCUACAUCAUAAUUUUGAUAAUGGCUAUGAUAAUAAUUCUUCUAAAAUAUGCAAUUCCAUAAUUAAAGAAGUGAAAAUGUUCUUUCCUCAGCUCUUUGAUGCUUAUGCAAUAUAGCACUUUAUAUAAAGUUAGAGUAAUAAUUCCAAAGAUGCUUUUUGUUUAAGUAUUUUAUGCUCUUCAUUUUUCUAUUUAAUCUGGAAAGCUAGAAAACAGUUAUUAUAGUAAGCUAUUGUGUUAUGACCAUUGCAUUUCAGAAAUAUCAUUCUGAUAAGUUGGUUGUUGUACAUGAAAUGGAAGUGUUACAUUUUGUGUUUAAGAGAAACAGUCUGCUGUCAUGAAAAUAUCUGAUGGAAGAUAAGUUUUGUUGUUCUAAAUUUUAGUAUUGAAUAUCAUAUUCUUUUUAAGUCUCACUAAUUACUGUAAAGAACAGCCAAACAGUUAUAAACAAUUGCCAAACAUCGGGCAAUUCUGCAUAAUUUUUUUGCCAAAUAGCUAUCAGAGAGGAAAAGGAACUUUUCCAUAUUGUCUGAAGCAAUCUUACAAUUUCAAAACCAUACAUUACAGAGUUUGUUUAUAACUUCAUUAAAUCAAUUUGAAUCCAGAUGCUUAUUAACUCUGAUCAGAGUUAAUUAAAAUCAAACAGAGAAGAAAUAUGCUUUUUGAAAAAAAUUAUAUUCUUCUGUCUUUUAUGAUAAAAUUUUAAUAAGUCACUUAUUGGUAUGGUAGUGAAGGUCUGUAAUAAUAUUUUCUUGGAACCUUUAAUGCUAAUGUUUAUGAGAUAAAAAUUAAUCCCAAAUAUACAACUAUUUAAAGGAAAUAACUGCCUAUUUAAAAAAUCUCCCUGGUGAGGUUUCAGAAUUGUAAUUGUAUUAUUUAUACUCUUGUGCUAGUUUUUUAAGUUCCAGGGUCUCAAAACUAAACAAUUUGAUUUACUUUGGAAAGGUUUAUUCACAAUAUAUAAAAUAGAAUGUUUUACUUUCAAGAUUGUAUGUUGCUAUAUAUUAUUUCAUAGAAUAACUAUUUUUACAAAUUUAAAUUCAGUUAUUAGUUAGUUGGUCAUAAUACAAAAGCUUAUUGAGAAUUACUCCUAAAUUUAUAAGAGAUAAAAUUAAGUAGAUCAUUUUUAUUUAAAUUAGUAUUAGAAAGCAGUUUCUUAUAUAUGAAUCAUAUACAAAAUUUAAAUCAAUUGUCAAUUACUAUAUUGCAUAAAAACAAUGUUUUGAAAUGUGAUUAUAGUACAAAGAGUUAAAUAUAAUUUGUUUGUUCAUAUGCUCAAUGAAAUAUUUUUAUUAGGAAAAAAAAUAGUAAGUUUUGCAUGUUUAUUUGAUUUUUUAAAAACAAUUUUUGCUGAGCUUCGAGAAUAAUGGAAAGAAGAUCAAGCAGUGUAAAGAAUUUUAGACUGAAAAUAAGAAUGCUUUCUAUUUCAUGUUAAAUUGUUUUUAUACUUUAUUUAUUAGAAAUUGUGAGACUGUACAUAGUUGAAGUGCUAUAUGUUUUGUACCUAAUUCGAUAUUGAAUAAAAUUAAACUAAUUCA